AUCUAUUUUUGAAAAUUUGUCAUUAUUAUGAUAUUCCAAAUUUGCUAAGUAAAAUUUAGGCCGUUUCACCAGUUAUAUUCCGGUCCUAUAUUUGAAACUAAUGUCGGGUUAAACCGGAGAAGUGGAGAAAAUUCAAGACCGGAGACACCAAAAUAUAAACAAGAUUUAGGAAAUUCCCAAACCCUUUUCCUCUUGAAAUCAUGGAUUCGCGUCAUUCCAGCAAAAAUGGCGGCUCUAAUAGUAGGAGCAAUCUGAGAGAUUCAAUGUCGAAGAAGCAAAAGAACGGUGUCGGUGAAGUUGAUAAAACCCUAGAUGAUCGAAUCAGUGAAUUACCGGAUGCACUCCUCGUACAAAUUCUCUCUCUUUUGCUGACGAAAGACGCCGUCGCAUCAUGUGUUCUCUCAAACAGGUGGCGUUAUCUUUGGAAUUCAAUUCAUAAUUUCCAUUUCGCUGGUAGUAAUUACUACAAUAAAGUAGAAAAUUUCGUAUCUCUUGUGGAUCACGUUUUGACUCAUUGCAGUUGUUCCAAAAUAAAAAAAUUCCAACUCGAUUUACCAGAGAAUCCUGAGUGGAACUUUGAUUCGAAUAUCAGCCAAUGGAUUAAUUUUGCUGUGGAAAGAGAAGUGGAAGAUGUUGUAUUGUGUUCAUAUGAUGAAGAUGCCACUUUUGAAUUGCCUAUAUGUAUCUGCAAUUGUUCCUCAUUGAUUACAUUGGAUUGGAGGUGUUGCGUGCUGGAUAAUGAAUCGGUCAUAGAGUGGAAGUCUCUGAAGAGCCUAAAGUUGGAUUAUAUUUUUAUAGAUGAUGAUGAUCUCGUGAAGAUACUGUUAGGUUGUCCUGCUUUGGAAACUCUGGAGUUGUCUUUUUUCGAUGGUUUUCGUCGUCUAGAAAUCACUUCUUCAAAUUUGAAGAGACUAACGUUGGUGCGCCACUGGUGGUUUUAUGGCAGAGUUGAGGAUCCUUUGGAAAUUAUUGCCCCGUAUCUUCAGCAUUUGGAGAUUUUAGGAGACCUUGAAUAUCUCAAGUGUAGGCUAGUAAAUGUCUCCUCUUUGGUUACCGCCAGACUCACUUUUAACAUUACAUGUAUCACUAAUAUCGUGGAGGUUAAUCUUAACGCCCAGCACGGCGGUUGUGGUGAUUAUCAUCAAGAUUUUAGAAACCUUGUUCUGGACUAUCUUCAAAAACUGAGUUAUGUAGCUGAGCUAACAAUUGGAUGGUGGUUAGCAGAGGUCGUGUUCAUGUUGCGACUCAAAGGAGCGUCGCUACCAAAAUUGAAAUGCAACUGUUUAACUUUAGAGAUGUAUGUGACAAAGUAUAAUUUGUGUGGAGUAGCUAGCCUUUUGCGGAACUCGCCUCUUCUGGAGACACUCAACAUACACUUGAGAGUUGGACCCCUUCAUGAUUUCCGUUGCCCACUUGAGCUAAGUUAUUUGGCCAAUGUCAAUUAUAUCGAUUUGCAGUGUUGGUUUUCAAACAUUAUGUUUGCCAAUCUCAAGAAUGUUAAGAUUGUCGGCUGCGUAGGGGUAUGUUUGAAGCGGUUUGGAAGGGGCAAUGAUAAGCUCUUCGAACUUUCAAAGUUUCUACUAAAGAAUGCAUUGACUUUGAAGAAGUUUGUCAUCGUAUCAGAGAAGAGAAUAUGCAGUAAAUGUUCAGAGAGUUGUGUGUCCCAAUAUUUAUCACGAUUGGCUAAGAAAUUGUUUGAUUGCCCAAGAUCAUCUAAGAAAUUUGGGAUUACUUACGAAGAGUCUGCUUUGGAAUGACUAGACUGAACUGAUUUUGUUUCAUUAACAAUACUAUAAAUGUCACCUUAUAUUGUAGCUUUUGAUUUACUGCAGAUGUAAUUAUGAACUUGUGGCGUUACAAAUGAUAUUGUUGCUUGGUUUCUCAUGAUUUAUCUUCGUUUGUUGCACUCUAGACGUUGCAUAUGUGUUUAGAAUUUUCUUGCUAGUGUUGUUUCCUUGGAACUGU